AUGGCAGCCCCGGGACGGCCAGGCCGCGCCUCCUCCCUCGGCCCCACUGCGCCCUCGCGGGGCGGCGCCGCACAAGGAGGCCGGCCCGGCCCAGGGAAGCAGCGGCUGCGGCCGCCUCCAAACCACAUGGGGCCUGCCUGGGCAUCCCCCGGAAUCGACAUCUGCGCACCAAGCCCAGUCAGCCUCUCUUGGCAGGCAAAGAGCGGUGCGUGCGACAUGAAUGGAGGACAUGUCGUAGAGAUGAGUGUCCGACGGCCUCUUAUUGGUCCGGCCGAGUCGAGGCGCCGUUUGAAAUCGUGCAGCGUCGUUGAGGCUUUGCCUUUGGAGGAACGAGCGGUCGGCAGAAUGAGUCUGCAAACUGCUGAUGUCGAAAAUAUUGGAAAUGGUUCUUUUGCAGAAACUUUUGAUUUCCUUUUUCCACCUUCAGAGGCCACCGGCAGGUCUUCCAUUCUUUGCCCUUCGCAGAAAGAAAAUGUGCCACCCAAGGGUUUAGUGAAGAAUGUCAAGGUAACUUUUCAAACUCCAGUACGGGAUCUUCAGACUUGCAGGAUUCUGAGUCCAGAUGCGAGGAAAAAAACUGAAGUGCAUCCUCUAAUCAAAGACUAUGCAGAGGCUCUGGAGGAUUUUGACUUGCCUAUACCCAGUUCUGUGUGUCAAAAAACUGUUGAGUUAGAUACCGCUGCUGAUACAAAGGACAACUAUUCGGAAAUCAUUACCUUCCAAGCAGGGGCCUCAGAGCCGCCAAAUUCUCCAGUUGUAAACAAAACCUUGCAAGAAAAUGAGAAAGAUGCCAAUACUUCAAAACUGGAAUCAAUAAAAUCUGAGUUUGUUGGGACACCUUCGGUCAAAUUAUCUCCAGGAAAACUAAGUGAGAGAGUGGAUAUAAAGACCCCAUCCCAGAAGCCAGAUUCAAAUAACAAGGAUGUGCUGGACAAGACUGAGGGGGAAAGCAAGACUGGGACAGAGGAGAGUUUAAUCCGCAAGGCAUCUUCACAUUUAGAUGAGGAUAUUUCUGGUGAUCCUGACUUGAUGCUGCUGGGUGGUUGCAAAAUUCAGAAUUCUGCUGAGAAGUCUUUGCUUCGUAUUGAGAGAACAAAUGUUAGAGAGAACAACAUCCCAGCAAAAGCAGAACUUUCUCCAAUACAGCAGUAUAGUUCUCCAGAUGAAUCUGAAGCUGUAGAUAUGCCACCUGAGCCACAGGGAAAGACAGAGCAGUUGGUAACUGAAAACCAAGCUCUGGCUGAAGCAGAAACUCAGUCUGAGCCUUCAAAGGAGCAGGAGGUGAACCAAAGUGCCUCCUUGGGUGAUGGUGAUGCAUCAUUAAGAAAGAAUCACUUAAUGUCUAAAACUUCUUGUGGAAUUUCUGAAAUGGCUGUGAAUCCAGGAAAUGAGUUCAGGUCACCCAGAGAAAUUCUAGGAAUGAACAUGGAGCUGGACUACUUGGAACAAUUUGGUGUGGCCUCGUUCAAGGAAUCUGCUUGGAGGAAGCAGUCUCUCUAUUUGAAAUUUGAUCCUCUGCUCACUGAAAGUCCCAAGAAAAUUGGUUCUCCAAAAGUUGCAGCUGUACCUCCAGUUCCAGCUUUAUCGGAACAGUGUACUGAAAUACCUCCUCAUGAAAUAAGAACUCCUAAAAUCAACAAGAAGCUAUUAGAAAUGAACCUUCUAGGAACACCCCUAGGCCUGGCUGAAGCGUCUCUAGACAUCCCAAUCUCCAAUGAUCUUUCCCAGUUCUCUUGUGCUCCUGUGCCUACUGAAGCUAUUAUAGAUGUGUUGAAAUAUAGCCAGAAAGACAUGGAUGCCGCUGUGGAAAAGAUGGAUGCAGCUGUUCAAAAGCUUACUUCGGAGGUGCAAGAAAAACAGAGUGAAGUUUUGGAGUGGAAGGCAAAGUAUGACAAAAUGUCCAUUGAAACGCAAGAAAUGAGAAAAAUACUUGUGGGAUUUGAAGGCACCAUAACGCAAAUACUGGAGGAUUCUGAAAACCAAAAGGAGCAUGCCAAAAAAGAACUGCAGAAAGUACUAGGUGAAAAACAGCAAUUACUCUCUGAGCUGAAUUCCAUGGAAAAAUCGUUUGCUGACCUCUUCAAACGAUCUGAGAAACGGAAAGAGGCCAUAGAAGGAUUUCAAAAGAAUGAAGAGGCUCUGAAGAAGUGUGUUGAAGACUAUGCUGCCCGAGCUAAGAAGGAAGAGCAAAGGUACCAGGCCCUGAAAGCACAUGCAGAAGAAAAGCUAUGCCAAGCUAAUAAAGAGAUCGCUGAAGUAAGCAGCAAAGCGAAAGCAGAAGUGAUGGCACUGCAGGCUGCAUUGCGCAAGGAACAAGUGAGAGUCCAGUCACUGGAGAGGCUUAUGGAGCAGAAGGUGAAGGAAAAUGACGAACUCACAAAAAUCUGUGACGACUUGAUUUCGAGGAUGGAGAAAAAGUAAAUCUGUUCUAAUAUGCAUUGUAAAUAGUUCUUUUUGUUUAAUUAAAAUGAAAGUGUUUUUAAAAAA